AUGAGCUCUACUGGGGAUGCUUCUUCCAAGCCAGACCGUGAGGAUUCCAGAUCUUCUACCACGGAUAUUCCUAGGAAGGUGGUCAAGAAGACUAAGCAUAGGGCAUGCCUUAUGUGUAAGGUUACGUUAGCAUCUGAUUACCCUAAGCCUAAUUGCCCAGAUUGUAUUGAUAGGAUCAUUGCUGCAGAAUCUCUAUCUUUGAUUAUGCAAAUGCAGAACAUGGUUAAGAGCCAGAUAGAGUCCGCCCUGAAAUGGUUUCUACCAAUUGUUGCCCCUCCGCAGCCGGAAGUGGUCCCUUCUGUCCCUAUUGAGGUUGAGGAGGAAGAAGGUUUGAUUUCUAUCCAUUCUGAUUUAGGGGAUGACUCCCAUUCAUCGGAGGAUGACUUGUCGGGGAAACCUCUUUUUCUGACGGAGGAUUCUGAGCAUCUGAUUAAAGCUGUGAGAUCCACCAUGGGACUUGAGGAGGCUAAAGAACAAAAGUCUAUUCAGGACAUUAUGUUCGAAGGCAUCGAGGAAAAAAUACGGAGUGUUUUUCCGGUUCAUAGAACCAUCUCUCAACUGAUUAAGAAGGAGUGGGGGUCCCCAGAUAAGAAGACUUUCAUUCCUAGAGCUAUUAAAAGGAAAUAUCCUUUUUCUGAUACUAAACAUUGGGAUCGCCCUCCUAAAAUUGAUGUCGCAAUAGCCAAAAUCUCCAGGAAAUGGUCCUUGCCUUUUGAAGACUUGGGUACCUUUAAAAGACCCUAUGGACAGGAAAGCUGA